UUCUCUACCUGAUAACUUUCUCAAUCCAUGCAUAGAUAAUGACAUAAAUAUGUGAGCCACAUAAAAGAAAAAAAAACAUAUUAGCUCUAUAGAACAUGGAAUUUAUACUCUUCUGUGCUUUUAGGAUUUAUAUUCUCUCCAGCUUUUCAUUCAUCUUCUUCAUUACUUUAUUAAAGUUCAUCCAACUUUUAAUGAAAUGAUACUAAUAGAUUGUAACAUGAUGAACAACUUCAUUCGGAUUUCAGUAUAACUUUCCUUGUCAAUUGAUCAUCAAAUUAACUUUUGGCAUAUCUGCAAAUGUCUCUAUGCUGCCUUUUGAGAUUCUAAUAUGUUUUUCUUUUAUGUGGAUUUCAAAAUUUAUCUUUCUUAUUAUCUGUUCACGGAUUGAGAUAUUUAUCAAGUGGAGUAAAGAAGAUGAGGAAAGUUGGCGAGUACCAAAACUGAAUCCAAGAUACAAAGCGUCUGAGUGAAUUAAGGAUUUGGAGACUUUGAUAGGCUCUCACAUUUAAAACAGAAGAAACGUUUGACCACAUUUCAUCUUCUUAUUGGAAAAGAAACUAAUUAUCACGAAAUCUUAAUAUGAAAAACGAUAGUACAACUGUUUACCACUCGGAUUGCUUUUCAUUAAGCUUGUGUGGUGCAAUAGAACAUUUUAUUCGCACAUGGAGAGUUCCAAGAACCUGGAAAACAAAACUAAUCAUUAAGAUAUCUAUAAAUUCAAAGCGACACGACUACCUUUUAAUUACGUUUGUGCAUGCAGAGUACAACAACGAAAAAGACUUGUAUAUAAAGCUUGGAAACCACACUGAAGUCGGAAGAGAAAAGCAACCAAAGAAAAAUAGAUUUAUUCAUGAUGGAUAAAGAGCAAAAGAAGAUAUCGAAGGAAAUGAUUGAAGAGAUGGAAGAAGUUUUGAAAGAGAAGAAAGAAGAGGUUAAGAAAGUACUGAAAGAGAAGAAGGAAGAGCUGAAGAAAGUAACCAAGGAAAUGGAUGAAGAUCUGAAGAAAAUAACCAAGGAGAUGAAUAAAAAACUGAAGGAGUUCGAGGAUACAAUACAACAAGCACAAGAAGUAUUGGAUAGGGAAUUGAGAGAUUUAUCAGGUGAUGGAGUAAAGAAGAUUGCAGAAGCUGAUGAAAAGCCCUUGGAACAGGCUAUGUCUUGCUUGAAAUUGGAGGAAGCCCUCAAGGAUCCAGCUGAUGCAUCUGCAAUUGCACAAGUGCCAAACCGGCGUUCCAAGCGAGUGAGAAAACCGAAUCCAAUAUACAAAGGGCCCUGAGUGGGUUUAAGGCUGUGAAGAGUGAGACCAUCAAUUGGUUUUUAAUAAGUAAAAUGCAAUAAUUAUUUUUUUUAAAAAAUUAUUAAUAAAAUAAUUGAGAAACUUUUGAGACA